AUUCAAAACAAGUAACAAACAAAAAAGAACAAGGUCCUUUCAGCCGAGAAACAAAGCACAUUUAGGCAUUUUAUUGGGAAGAGAACAGGAGAAAUCAAUGAAAAUGUCAAAGGGUCUCUUGAUCACAAAUGAAAGUUAAAUAAGGAAGAAUCAAUAUAGUUAAGUUAAGCAUACGUGAUCUUGUACUGGUUCCAAAAUUAUUGUGGUACAAACAAGCCGCCUCUGUGGAACAAUUGUUAGAUUAAAGUGUAUAUUUAGAUCAGUGAUUUUGGGUUAUUUAGGACGUCUGUUAAGACAGUACUUUAUCGAUACGUCGGUGAACUUGAUAAUGUUCACAAAUUGACUAUUUCUAGGACGUUGUUGUGUCAUAUUGAGAAUCAAAUACAUCUUACUUCAUAGCAACGGUUGCGUCGAGUAUCGUUAUGGCUGAAGAAAAGGAACCAACCGCAGAUGGCGAUAAUAAAAAUGACAACGAAACACAUGAAGAUAAACCUGUUGACUCAGAUGGCGAUAACAAAAAUGACAACGAUACAGCUGAAGUGAAAGAACCAACCGCAGAUGGUGAUAACACAAAUGACAACGAUACACCUGAAGUUAAACCGGUUGACUCUGAUAACAAUAGGAAUGAAACAAAUGAUGAACAUAAAACGACAGAUGAUAAUGACGGUACACGUUUAACUGACACAAGUGAAGAAGAUCGUGUUAAAACUCCGCAUGUAGAUCAAGAAGACAUUAUCACAACGCAACAACAAGACGAGGAGGAAGAAGAAGAUGUCGAGGAGGAACCCAUUGAUUUAAAUAGUUUGGAUUUUAAUUCACAUCUCAAACCAUUAAUUGAAAGACUUACACAGGAACGUGAUUGGAUUAAUGAAUGUCCUCUAAAAAACUACAAGCAUAUCAAAUCUUUAAAAAGGGCAAUACAAAGGACUAAAUCCAUAGCUGAAAAAUGGGAACAAUUUGCAAGUGAACUGACGGAGGGCCUUGUGGAAGUGAGAGAGACGUCGCAGUCAAUCUUCAAAAUUCUUGAAGAAAAGUUAUCAACGGAUGGCUUGAACACAUGGAUUGAGAAUGGAUCGGCGUUUAAUACUCAAUCAGACGAAGACAAGGCGGUUCAAGAAUUGAAAAAUUAUGCACAAGCGGCUAAUGCCCGUAAGGAGAUCACUGCCGUUAAUGCUGAUCUUGCAGCAGCAGUGAAACUCGCCAAUGAGGCUGAAACGGAGGCGGCAGAGGCGGCCCUCGAAGCAGAAAGGGCAGCUAAUGAAGUAGAACAGGCACGGGAAGCUGCAGAAGAAGCAAGACGAGCAGCUAUUGCAAAGGCAAGAUUUGAAGAGGAAGAACGGAGACGUAUGGAAGAGGAAAGGAAGGCAAAGGAAGAAUAUGAACGUCAACUUAAAAUGGAAGAAGAGCGCAAGAGAGCGGAGUUGGAGGCAUUGAAAGGAACUCCUGAGGAACAAGCAAGAAUAGCAGAGGAAGAGGAGAGACAACGCCAAGAGGCAGCAAGAAGAGAUCCAAAGAACUGGGAACCAUAUUUUUAUCGAGUGAAAUCUGAAGACUGGGACCAAGGCAUGGGCUGUGUGAUCAGAGCGAUGAAGGGGGUCAUAUACCAAGAGGACCUCAUCUGUGAAAAACUCAGCCAAUUAGAUGAUGUCUUACAACUUGCUCCAAAUGAAGAAUUGGUCAGCAACAUAAUCAGGAUAAGCAAGGAUGAUCCCAAAAAGAAAAUAAAUUUUGAAGAGCCGUUUCAUCUUGCCAUCCCUCAAUGUGCACCAAGAAUGAAUAACCCAACGAAGGAACCCAUUAUUAAGAUAUUGGACUCUAAGACUGGGGAAUGGAAACCAUUACAGACAAAAGAAGUCCAGUUUGAAGAUAUGAAGGAGUUGAAGUUUGUAGAGGCCAAGAUUAAAAGGAUGGGAACAUUCGCUGUCGUGUUGAAGUUCAAGAAAGACCAAAUCACAGUCACAAAGAAGGGCGGCAAAUUCUUCUCGUCUAUUGACAGCAGAAUCUGCAUGGGCUUCAGCCCUGGUGCCUUCAGAGUCAAUACCAACAUCCAAUUUGAGGUUCAACCAGUAGACCUUGCCGCAGUGUCGGAUCUGAAGAUGAGGCAGGUCGAAUUGUGUGGGAGUCUCUUAGCAUCAAGCCCCAUAUUAAAGCUUUGGCCACCCAAGAGAAAAUGCCCGAUGACAUUCACCCUACCUGUUCCACCGAAUCCGAUGUUACGAGCCAAGAGGCCAGGGACGGCAGUAGAGAAAAAGGAAAAUAAGUCAUCCGUGAACAGACCAAAGUCGGCGUUUCCAUUAAAGAACAAAGAUGCAGAUGAUACUGCUUCGCUACAAGAGGACAAUCUACACCUGCUAUACAGGAACGCAGAGACGGACGCCUGGGAGGCUGUAUCGAAUGUUGUUAUUGCACAGGGUAAAAACAAAGACACUGCUACAUUUGAAGUGGACACUCCAUUGGAAAGGUUUGUUGUUUUACGAACCCAAGUGGACACACCUGUCCCAAAGGUUGAAAAGAUGGCCAAAGCACUGGACGAAGCACUUUGUCACAGAGUGGUUCAAGUUGUCUUACAACAGAAUAAUGACGACCCCGGGGAUAUCUGCAUGAACUGUGUCAAUCUAAACAAAGUUGAUAAAACACUGAAACAGAUGAGUGAGGCUGGUUAUGAAGAAGGUCCAUCGCCAAGUGAUGACAUUAUACUUAAAGAAGGACAAAUCAUAACGUUAUCAUUUAGAGGAAAUAUAUGUAGAAAUACAGAAUACGAGGAUGAUUUUGAGGAUGAGGACACACAGACGGGGGACUUGAAAUUCUGUUUUAAUUCUCAUUUAAAAUCAAAACUUGAAUUUUAUGUGACUGAACUGGACAAGUUUGCGCAAAAAGGAAUAAACUGUUACAGAGGUUUUGCGCAGUUUAACACCAGGGGUCUUAUUCCUCGUGAAGUGGCACAGACUGAAGAUGAUAGAGGGAACAGAAGUGGGGGAAAAGCAAAAACACAGAUUGUCUAUGAAGAGGGAAAUAUUUUGCUAUGUGAGAUGCUCAUCAAUUUACCAAAACCCGAACAAGAAGCGCCAAAACCCAUCAUUAAGGCACCAGUCACAUUUAAAUCAGAAGAUCUAGUGGACGAUGAGACAUUGCGACAUUUGUCAACCGAGUUAGGGGAAGAAUGGAAACGUCUUGCCAGUCAGCUGAACGUGAAGGGUACGCGCAUCCAAGCCAUUCUGCGGGACAACGUGAAUGCAGAGGCUACAGACCAAGCCGCCUUUGAUAUGUUGGUAACAUGGGCCAAACGAGUGCCGCGAUCCAUGAAUAAGGUGGAUAUACUGUGUAACGCAUUGCUGAGUGUUGGUAGAGUUGAUCUGGUAGAAGAAAUACGGGAUAGAGAAAGGGAAUUCAGAGAAACUAAAGCAGCCAGUGUACGAGAUUCCUACCUGAAGCGUGCGUUCGUUAUUGUUGCGCAAAGUCCGAGCGUCGUUAACCAAUGGCAGGAGUUCGUCUCCAAGCUUGGACUCUCUCGGUCUAUCAUCCAGAGCGUGGACGAUGAGUAUUCGAGCAUGAGGGAAAAAUGUUUCAACAGUCUCCUGAGAUGGAAGGAAGAAAAUCAAGAUGAAGCUACAACUAUGAAACUGUCGUUGUGUCUUAGGAAAUGUAAACAUUUAGAUGUUUGUCGCCAGGUCGAGGGCAUAGCUGGUUCGAAAAUUUAAUCGCUAAGCGAUAUGUUUUAAGAUAUGUUUCUUUGACGACGGACAGUAGUUCUGCCAUGGCUGGUGAUAAGACAGGAUGCUUAUGUUACUGACCAUGGAUAAGAUGGACUACGCCUAAUAUAAGAUUGACUACGUCACCUACUGUAGAUACUAUGGAUUGGAUGAACUAUU